AUGGCGGCCGCGGCGCUGCUGUGGCUGGCGGCGGCGGCGGCGGCGCUGGGACCGGCCCUGGCCGCUGCCCGUUACAGCCCGGACUGGGCCAGCCUGGACGCGCGGCCGCUGCCGGGCUGGUUCGAGCGGGCUAAGGUGGGGGUGUUGGUGCACUGGGGAGUGUUCUCCGUGCCGGCCUGGGGCUCCGAGUGGUUCUGGUGGCACUGGCGAGGCGAGCACCGAGCCGACUACGAGCGGUUCGUGAGGCUCCGGUACCCGCCCGGCAUCACCUACGCCGCCUUCGCGCCUCGCUUCACCGCCCGCGACUUCCAGCCCCGGCAGUGGGCGCAGCUCUUCCGGCGGGCUGGAGCCAGGUACGUGGUGCUGACCACCAAGCAUCACGAAGGCUUCACCAACUGGGGGUCUCCUGUCUCUUGGAACUGGAAUUCUGUGGAUACUGGGCCUCACCGAGACCUCGUUGGAGAGCUGGGACAAGCCCUCAGGGAGAGCAACAUUCACUAUGGACUCUAUUACUCACUGCUGGAGUGGUUUCAUCCUCUCUACCUAGCUGACAAAGAAAGUGGCUUCAAGACCCAGAACUUCAUUGCCAAGAAGACUAUGCCAGAACUUCAUGAUCUUGUCUUAAAGUAUAAACCAGACUUGAUUUGGUCGGAUGGAGACUGGGAAGCUCCAGACUCCUACUGGAACUCCACCUCUUUCCUUGCCUGGCUCUAUAACGACAGCCCUGUCAAGGACACUGUGGUGGUCAAUGAUCGUUGGGGCAAGAACUGUGCUUGCCACCAUGGGGGCUACUACAAUUGUGCUGACAAAUACAAGCCAGGGUCCCUGCCAGCCCACAAGUGGGAGAUGUGCUCCUCCAUCGACAGGCUCUCCUGGGGCUACCGCAGCAGCAUGAACCUCACCGAGCUGAUGGAUGUGGCAAGCAUCAUCCAGGAGCUAGUGGAGACAGUGAGCUUUGGAGGCAACUACCUUCUCAACGUGGGGCCUACAAAGGAAGGAGUGAUUGUGCCCAUCUUCCAGGAAAGACUUCUGGCCCUUGGGAGGUGGCUGGACACUAAUGGAGAGGCAAUUUAUGAGUCCAAGCCAUGGAGAGUGCAGAUGGAGAAUGGAACAGACAGGGUCUGGUACACUUCUAAGGAACCAGCUGUCUAUGCCAUCUUUCUGACCUGGCCUCAGGACAACAUUCUGCAGCUGUCCUCACCUAUUCCAUCCCAAGCCACACAAGUGACAAUGCUGGGAUUAGCAGGAACUCUGAAGUGGCAGAAGUCCCCAGGUGGAGGGCUGCUGAUAACUUUGCCCUACCCACUGCCAUCUUCUCUACCUCCUCAGCCUGGCUGGACUGUUAAGCUUGAAAGUGUGAAGUGACAGCUGCAGGAUGAAAGCAGCAACCUCCUCCUGCUCUCCAGUCAGCUGUAAGAGGUUUCUGCAUUCCUUGGUCAAUAAAGUGUCUUUCUCUUGA